UAUUUUCUGUUUGUUUUAUGGACAGGUUCUGGCUGAGCUAAAGGAGUAUGCUACAGAGGUCGAUGUGGACUUUGUGCGGAAGGCAGUGAGAGCAAUUGGCCGCUGUGCCAUUAAAGUCGAGCAAUCAGCAGAGCGUUGCGUCAGCACUCUGUUGGACCUCAUCCAAACCAAGGUCAACUAUGUGGUACAAGAGGCCAUUGUGGUCAUUAAGGAUAUCUUCCGCAAGUAUCCUAACAAAUAUGAGAGUGUUAUUGCCACACUGUGUGAGAACCUGGACUCUCUGGAUGAACCCGAGGCGCGCGCGGCCAUGAUCUGGAUUGUGGGCGAGUACGCUGAGCGCAUCGAUAAUGCAGACGAGCUGCUGGAGAGCUUCCUGGAGGGCUUCCACGACGAGAGCACUCAGGUGCAACUGCAGCUCCUGACAGCCAUCGUGAAACUCUUCCUGAAGAAGCCCACUGAGACUCAGGAACUUGUACAGCAGGUGCUCAGCCUGGCCACUCAGGACUCUGACAACCCUGACCUGCGUGAUCGCGGGUACAUCUACUGGCGCCUCCUCUCCACGGACCCCGUGGCAGCCAAGGAGGUUGUGCUUGCAGAAAAGCCUCUGAUCUCAGAGGAGACGGAUCUGAUCGAGCCCACCCUGCUCGAGGAGCUCAUCUGCUGCAUCGGAACUCUGGCUUCUGUCUACCACAAACCGCCCAGUGCCUUUGUGGAGGGCAGCCGAGGGGUGCAACACAGAAGGCUUCCGGCUCGUACUGGAUCAGGGGAGAGUUCUGAGAGCCCAGAUGUUGGUCAGUCAGCUGGAGCCGUGGCCGACACUCCUCCGGCGGUCAUCCCCUCCCAAGGGGACUUGCUGGGCGACUUGCUCAAUCUGGAUCUGGCCCCGCCCACCUCUUCUGGUCCCUCUGUGGCCCCGUCCUUGCAGAUGGGUGCCAUGGAUCUCCUCGGAGGUGGCCUCGACAGCCUGAUGGGGGACGAAUCAGAAACGCCUCCCGUUCCACCGCGGGCGGAGUGUCAGUCACCGCAGUCCCCCUCAGAGUAUAGUCACCCUGAGGUCUGUGGAGAGGUCAAGGUUCAAACUCAAGUGAAGCUUGCGGGAGAUAUCGCUGGAAGUCCUGCGAUGGGUACUGGUUUGGCCUCAGCACCAGUUGGACUGCCAGCAUCUCUCAGUGCUCCUGUGAGCAGCGGACUGGAUGAUCUCUUUGACUUGGGAGGGGGUGUUGGCAUGCCCACAGGAGCUUAUGUGGUUCCAAAAACUAUAUGGCUGCCUGCCAUGAAGGCCAAGGGGCUUGAGAUCUCGGGCACGUUUGCCCGCCGCGCUGGCGUCCUUCACAUGGAGCUCUCCCUCACCAACAAGGCCAUGAGUGUCAUGUCUGAUUUUGCUGUCCAGUUUAACCGGAACAGUUUUGGACUCGCCCCUGCUGGGCCUCUGCAGGUGGUGGCGCCCCUGAACCCAAACCAGACCACUGAGAUGGGCCUUCCGCUCAGUACAGUCGGGCCUGUCAUGAAGAUGGAGCCCCUCAACAACUUGCAGGUGGCUGUGAAGAACAACAUUGAUGUCUUCUACUUCAGCUGCCAGUACCCCAUCAGCAUCCUGUUUGUGGAGGAUGGGAAGAUGGAGCGUCAGGUGUUCCUGGCAACAUGGAAGGACAUUCCCAAUGACAGUGAGGCUCAGUACCAGAUCAAAGACUGCCACCUCAACUCAGAUGCUGCUAGCGCUCGCCUCCAGAGCAGCAACAUCUUCACCAUAGCCAAACGCACCGUGGACGGACAGGACAUGCUCUACCAGUCCAUCAAGCUCACCAAUGGGAUCUGGGUUCUGGUGGAGCUCAGGGUGCAGACUGGUAAUCCCACCUAUAUGCUCUCAGUGAAAUGCAGAGCCGCCGAGGUCUCGCAGCUGGUGCACCAGUGUUAUGAGAUGGUGCUGAAGAACUGAUCCAGAGGUCCCCCUCACCACUCAGCAUGUACAGACAAAUCACUGGCGGGCCAAUCCCUGCAUACAUGUCCCCCUUUCUGGUGCACUUGACUCCAGCUCCUCAAACUCCUUUUAAUCUCUUCAUCACCUUAAAUCAGGUUCUUCUUAUGAUUUUAGAAAUAAUACCCUUUUUCUGACCAUGAUCUGUUAGUUUGACAUUCAGUUGUCCUGUCCUCCACAACAAUUAAAAACGAGUGUGUGACCCAUGUGUUUCCUUGUUUAGCCCAAGUUUACCUUUUUGGGGCUGGGACACCUAUAACCAGUCUGUUCCUCCAUCUAGGACCCCAUAUAGGCCUCUUAAGGAACACCACUUAGACACUUGGGUUCUCCUCUCUCUCUCUCCUCUCUCUCUCUCUCUCUCUCUCUCUCUCUCUCUCUCUCUCUCUCUCUCUCUCUCUCUCUCUCUCUCUCUCGCGCGCUUCUGUUUAGCCUGUGGAGUUGAUGUGCAUGUUUCGUCAGUCCUAGCAUCUUCAGUGUGUUAGGCUCUCUGUCUCUGUCUUUGAGCCUUGAGCUCUACUUCAAUAGUAGUGAAUCCCCUUUAGAUUUUGUGUUUUAAAGGGACCGGUUUUCCUUUUGGCCUUUUUGAGAAACACUAAUAACUAGUAAAUCUCUUCCUACAGUCAUGAUUUCUUAUGUUGACCAUUUGGCACCUCCAUCAUAUAACUCAAAGUGUUUGUGUGUGUGUCCUUCCUUCUUGUUUCUUAAGUGUGUGUGCCACUGUCAGGCUCUCACCCUGGGAUAGACUUCUCCACCUACUACUACUUGUCAAUCAUUCCACUUUGUAUUCCUUAGUUUAUGUUCAUAUCUGAAUUAUGAUAUUACUCAAAUGUAUGGGAAUUAGUUUGACUUUCUGGGGGCGGCCACUUCCAUUCCUGAUCUUUGUAAAGACGAGACCCUGUAGGUGUCGGGCAGCAGUGCACCAGUAGAAUAUAUCUCUGACCAAUCUGUCAUAUAUUACUGGGUGAACACCAGUCAAAUGAGAUGCAAAAUGCACAGCAGAAUGAGAUUCCAUCUUAGUCUUUGCUUUUACUUCAAUUCAAAGAAGAUGGAAGAUUUGAAGUUUUUGGAUUUUAAUUUAGGAAUGAAAACGAACAACUAUGUUGCUGUGUGUAAAUCCUCCAUAGAUUAUGUGCUCUGAAAUGGCCAUUAUUUUCAGUCUGUUCUUGAUCUGUUUUGUGUAAUAAAGUAUGAAAUUAAGACUA